CACAGACACACAGUCACAACACUCAGAUUAUCGUCAGGAAGGGCCACGGACAACUGCUCUGAUACAGUCCUCGUCUCUGGUUUCAGAUCAGGUGCAGGCUGCUCAGACUCACUUUACAAGAACAGAACCAGUUGACACAGUCAUUAGAACAGUUCAGUGACAAGUCACAGCCACAGUCAAACAGUGAAUACCAGACCAGCCAGAGGCUAAAUCUGAUCCCAGUUUCGGAAAACAGAAAGUAGAGGUCAUUAAGGUGUACCUCGAGUCCCACAAACAGAGAAGGAGAACACCAGCAGUGUCAAGAUGCUGACAGACGAGGUGUCUCAGAUACAGGAGGUUCGGUACUGUCUGAAGACCUUGAGGGAACAGAUGGCCACCAGACAGAAUAAUAACAAUGUACAGUGCCUUCAUAAGUUUCCAGCUAAUGGUUACAGAGUCAGUGUCACCCAGCCUACCAACCCAGCAAUUGUCACCAAUGGUAAAAUUGUUGGGACUGAGUCAGAAACAAAUGUCAGGGAGAAUUCAGAGGACAGUGCAAAGUUAAGGGAGCUGAGCAAGCGCCUGUAUGCCCAGCUGAAGGAGUCAGAGAAGAGACACCAGGAGGAGAGAGACAGAAUGCAGGCUGAAAGCGAUGAGUUCAGCCGGCGCCUGGACGAGCAGUCGAAGCACCUGCAGUGGGUGGAGGGGGAGGCGGGGGAGCGAAGUCAGAGGGUGGAGGAGUUGGAGAGGCUGCUGGGGGGCAUGGAGCUGGAGGGUGCUGUCCUGAGGGGCAAAAUGGCCGCCAGCGAGGCUGAACUGCUGCAGCUGAGAGCAGCCAAGGAGGGGGUGCAGGAGAAAAAGCAGAGAACUGAGGAGUUGGAGAAGGAGCUGGCUGUCCUGAAGGAGAAGAUCCAUCACCUGGACGACAUGCUGAAGAGCCAGCAGAGGAAGGUCCGCCACAUGAUCGAACAGCUGCAGAACUCACGGACAGUAAUCCAGGAGAGAGAGAGAGUGAUCAGGGAUCUAGAGGAGAAGGUGGCUUUUCUGGAAGCUGAGAACACAGAGAUGCGUGACCAGAUAGAGUACUUCCUGGAGGGUCAGAAGCCUGCUUCUACGCCCACCAAAGAAUGCAAACCCAAUCCCCAGAUUAUCUACAGGUGACAACAACACCUUCCUGUCUCUUAUUUCUAUAGGGCCGGUUUCCCAGACACAGAUUAAACCUAUUCCUGGACUAAAAAGCUAUUGUAAUGGAGAUUUUUCAUUGAGUAAAAAAAACCAAAACAAUGUUUACACAAAAAUCUAUUCAGUCAAUGUGUGAAGGUUAUCUUCAUGAACAACAGAGCAGCAAUACAGUAUAAUGUUCCAGAACAGAAAGGAGGGCCAAGGAAGUGGCAGAAAAUUAAUGUACACCUCCAUCAAUGCACGGCAACAAGUCACUUCCUUUAAUCAGAGUCAUCGAGAUCAAGUCCUGAGCUGAGAGAUAUAAAGAUCAAGAGAGAUGGAUAGAGGAAAAGAGAGAGACAGAUGGUCGGGAAGGCAAACACAUACUAAACCACAAUAUAGUCUAACCCUGGACAAAAGCUUCUGUGUGCUCCAACUCGCAUACAGUGUGUAAAUAUAUAAUUAUAUAUAUACAGUACCAGUCAAAAGUUUGGACACACCUACUCAUUCAAGGGUUUUUCUUUAUUUUUAGAAUUUUUUUAGACUGUUUGGUUCAUGAAAUAAUAUAAAACAUUUUUUUUAUAAUCAAGCCUAUUUUAUGAAAAAACACAUACUUACACAAUAGGGCUUUGUUUCAAUGUGCUAUUUAAAAAAUGUAUAUAUUCUUGUACAUUGUGGACAAUUCUCUGACGUGCUGUGAUAUACCUUAUUUACAUACACUACCGGUCAAAAGUUUUAGAACACCUACUCAUUCAAGGGU